GUGGUGGUGGUGUCUCCCCAGAGUCCCUUUUACUCUGGAGAGAGAGUUACUCUAAGGUGUAACAUAGUAGAGUACACAGACUGGUACCAGUAUUCCUGGUUCAGAGACAACAGACUAGUUCCAGGGGGGAACAGCAAUACCAUCGCGAUCACACUUCCACAAGAGGCUGGUCAGUACCAGUGCUCUGGAGAGAGAGAGGAUCAUCCUCAUAUGUCCUCUACAAGUCCAUCUAUUGAAAUUACAUAUCAUGAAAGACCAGAUCCAGUUCUUGGGGGACCUCCACAGACUUGGCUGACUGAAGGAGACUCGGCGACUCUGACCUGUGAGGUUAAAGGCUUCACUACAGGCUGGAGAUUCCACUGGUACAAGACUGCCCCCUACAGGCCGGGGUUGAUACAUGUGAUUCAUAAAAUCAGAGCAGAUUCACUAGAGCUGCUGUCAGACAGCAUCAGAGGAGCUGGAGGCUCCUACACUCUCAGCCCUGCUGCUCUUAGACACACAGGGGUUUAUGUGUGCAGAGCAGAGAGAGGAGAGCCAGCCCAUCACACAGAGUUCAGCCAACCUCAGCCUCUCUGGGUCACAGGUCUUUCAUCUCCAGCCUCUCUGGUUGUCCAUCCCGAUAGAAAUCAACAUUUUACAUAUCAGUUUCUCUCCCUGAGCUGUGAGGGGAAUGGAAACUCAACUGGAUUGAAGCUGAGAUGGUUCUCGAAAAUGAUGGAGCGAGAAUCGUGCCCUUUUAAAUGGAUCUCAGAGGCAGGUUCCAGCUGCAGCAUCAGAUCACUACUUCAAUCACACAGUGGAGUGUACUGGUGUCAGUCUGAGUCUGGAGAGCAGAGUAACCCUGUCAACAUCACAAUUCAAGAUGGUAUUGUAAUCCUGGAGAGUCCUGUCCAUCCUGUGACUGAGGGAGAUCCUCUGACUCUGCGCUGUAGAUAUCGCUACCAGCCAUCAAACGUCAGUGCUGACUUCUAUAAAGAUGGGACACUCCUGCAGACCUCCACCACAGGAGAGAUUACCAUCCCUGCAGUCUCGCAGUCACAUGAAGGCCUCUAUAAGUGCAGCAACCCAGAGAGUGGAGAGUCACCAAAGAGCUGGAUCACAGUAAAAGAAAAACCCAAGCCAGUUCUUAGAGGACCUCCACAGACCUGGCUUACAGAUGGUGAUGUGACCCUGGAGAGUCCUGUCCAUCCUGUGACUGAGGGAGAUCCUCUGACUCUGUGCUGUAGAUAUCGCUCCAAGCCAUCACACAUCAGUGCUGACUUCUAUAAAGAUGGGACACUCCUGCAGACCUCCACCACAGGAGAGAUGACCAUCCCUGCAGUCUCAAAGUCACAUGAAGGCCUCUAUAAGUGCAGCAACCCAGAGAGUGGAGAGUCACCAGAGAGCUGGAUUACAGUGAAGGUGUCAGCUCCACAUUCUGGAUUAUUUUUGCUGUUAAUUGUGGGCCUAGUUGUUGGACUGGUGAUCCUUUUUGGCUUCCUCAUAAUACUGCUUGUGAUCCAUCGCUUCAAAAAGGGAAACGGUUUGGGUACACAAACAACACAAUCAUCUGUGACAACCUCUAGUGGUCAACAGCAGGAAAUUACCAAACAUGGAUCUACGCAGGAUCAGAGUCAGUCUACAGGAAGUGAUUGGGCCCAGUCAGAGUGUAUACCACUGCAAACAGGUAAUGAAGAAAGAUACGGUGACAUUCCUUCUCCAAACCAUGAAGUACAGGCACGAGUGGAACUCCUCAGACAGAUUUUGACUGGAGUCUGAAUGCCCAAACAAAUGCUGAGACAUGCACCGGAUGAAUUUUAUGUUUACCCCAAAUGAUCAUGAUUUACAUAUUGUAUAUGUCAGAUGGUUUGGGUUUUAAUUGCUGGCAACUUCUCGAUCAUAUAAAAGUUUGGAUGUGUUUCAGUUUAGCCUAUAGGGUUUACUGGUAUUGAUUUGCCAUUUUUUGCAUUUGAUAUGCAUUUCCCUUUGGCUGUAAAAUAGUGGCAUUUAACCAUCAACUAGAUUGUAUGAUUCAGA